CGCGAUUGUUCUUAGCUUCUUAUCAUCCGUUUCUCGUCUGAGCUCCGCAUCUCCAGUGGAAGAAGAAGAAGAAUUAUCAGAAGGGAGAAAUGGCGGCCAUGGCUGCACUUCAGAGCUCAAUGAACUCACUUUCUAUCUCUUCCAACUCCUUCUUUGGCCAACGCCUCUCUUUUCCCUCUGUUUCCCCUAUACCCGUCAAGUCACCAGAGAAUACAUGUCUCAUUGUUGUGAGGCUUAAGCAUUGGGAGCGGAAGAAAUGUAAGCCAAACAGCCUUCCAAUUUUACACAAAAUGCAUGUUAAGGUGGGAGAUACAGUUAAAGUGAUAUCUGGAGAUGAUAAAGGGAAGAUUGGAGAGGUUGCUAAGAUCUUCAGGCAUAACAGCACUGUGGUAGUCAAAGAAAUAAAUCUGAAGACAAAGCAUGCGAAGAGCAGAGAAGAGGGAGAACCUGGCCAGAUUAUUAAGAUUGAAUCACCCAUUCACAGCUCAAAUGUGAUGCUUUACUCCAAGGAACAGAAUGUAGCAAGUCGGGUGGGCCAUAAAGUUCUUGACAAUGGGCAGCGAGUUCGUUAUCUCAUUAAAACAGGCGAAGUAAUUGAUAGUGCAGAGUACUGGAAAAAAUUGAAGGAAGAGCAGAACACGAAAACUGAAGUAGCUGCUGCUGCUUCAUGAGAACAUAAUGCAUGACUUGGCUAUUGCUUUAGGUUCUAGAACUCUAGUUGAGUUCUGUCUGUUUUCCUUCUUUCCUGGUCAAAUUGUUCUGGCAUGUGCUUUUGUUAAUUAAUUGUAUCAUUCAAAGUCACUGGACCACUGGUUGUAUGGCUAACUGAUACAGACUUGUAGCUUAAACAUUGCAAGUUGUUUUGUAUUGUAUCUAGUGCAAUUUGUUGAUCUUGUCA